CCUGAAACUGAUUCCCACUACUCCAGAGACCAAUUUACAUACCCACACUCCCUCAUCGAGUCGCUGAACCCCGCCGCUGUAUUUGUGGCCGGCGGAGAUCUUGUGCAGCGGCUUAGUAUUAUCCUUGAGCCUCAGUGGGGUGGUGCUUUAUUGCACCGCGGACUUCUAUUCAUCGGCCCAUCAUUAGCUCCUUUCCAUAUCCAUUGCGCCGCAUACAACACUGAGAUUCACCACAAUCCAUCAGUGAAGAAAAGACGCCCCGGAUUCACUGAGACCCACUGGGCUCUUUUAUUGUCAUCUUCCUUCCUCUGCUGUUAUCCCAGCGGGCCUGCUUCUGUCGCAACUCCUAUAACCCCAAACGAAGUGGGACUCUCCCUGAACAGACUAGUAGGGGUACACCGCGCCCCGGAACCCCGCUAUAGCGAAACCUAAUCAUGGAGUUCAGGCCGCUUCAGGGCCCCGAGAAGCUGCAACGAGUUACCCAGCUGCUGGGUUCUCUGAAGACUGACCUUGGGGAGAAGUCCCUUACAUCAAAGCAACGCGUGCAGACACUUCUAGAGCUGAGGCAACAUGGGACCAACCCUAGCCAUGCCCAUCCUAUCUAUUCGAAGGAGGGAAUGGAGAUAUUAGCAAAAUAUGGGGCUGAUGGGGACACACCCGAUGUGCGCCGGGCCGCCUUGCGCUGUGUCGCGAAUGCUCUCCUCUUAGAUGAAUCCAUGCGCCAGGUGUUCGUGGAUACGGGCUAUGGAGGCAGAUUAGCAGAAAGGCUCAAGUGCGACUCAUCGGAGGACGAAAUGGUAAUCAGUCGAAUCUUAUUCCUUUCUACGUACGACACGACAAUGGACUUUGAGAAUCUGAUAAAACACCACUCUUUGGGUGACAAUGUCAACUAUCAAAUUGUCCGACACGCUAAGCAAUUUCCCAAAUCCGGCAAGAAGUCACUGUCCCAGAUCGAUGAAUUGGCCCUCAUCGAUACCCUGAAACUCAUUUUCAAUGUGGCCAAGAUUUAUUCCCAUCUGUCCGCGACAUUUUCAGCGUCGAUACCCCAUAUUUUCAAGAUGAUCAGCCGCCUCGACAUUCCCCCAAAGCCUCUGGAAGGCUUACUCAGCUAUCUUCUGAACUGCCUGUCUACGCUGGAUCUGGAAAACAAGAAAGGCAAAGUCUUCGACAAUAGCCCGAUUUUCCCAACUUUCAACCAGAAUUGCAAUGUUGACAAACUGAUCAACAUCUUGGACCAAGCUGUGUCGGCAUAUGGCCCAGAUGAACUUGAAACCAAGGCUAUACCCCUCUUUCACUCGCUCGUCGUCAUCCAUGAGAUGGCACCAGAUGGUCCCCGUAAAUACAUGCAGUGGCUUCUCUUGCCAGAAGACAACGACAGAAGCCGUCCGAUUGGGCAGUCAGACACCCUUUCAUCAAAGUUACUCAAUCUCUCGACUACCCCCUACCCCAACCUGAAGACUGCCAUCUCCGAGCUUAUGUUUGUGCUUUCUGGGAAAGAUGCCGAAAACCUAACGAAGAACAUCGGUUACGGAUUCGCUGCAGGAUUACUGGCUUCUCGCGGCAUGGAGAUCCCCAAGACGGCAGGCGAAGCAUUCGCAACCAACCCGAAUGGUUUCAGUCCCGAUGUCAACCCGAUCACUGGCCAGAAGUGGGCCGCAGAGAAGAAGGAUGAUGGGCCCCCAAUGACCAAGGCAGAGAAGGAACGAGAAGCCGAGAGACUGUUUGUGCUUUUUGAGCGAGCCCGAGCAAACGGCAUUCUCUCCGUGGAGAAUCCUGUUACGCGAGCACUACAGGAAGGUCGCUUCGAAGAGCUGCCUGACUCCGACGAUAGUGAUUGAGCAUCCCUUCCUCCUGUACCAUCACCCAUCUCCGUCCCAACGUGGGCAAUGAGUGUUUUCUUGGUCUUACCAACCAUCUCACAUGAUCUGUUAUUGUUACAUCACUCUGUGCACAAAUCGAGGACGCGUACGUUGAGUUCGCAUUGCGAGGCGUUUGUCUAUGUCUUUGAACGACAAGAUCAACCCCAUUUAGUUUAGAUGAGCAGGGGAUACAGCUGCGAGGGGGUCAGAAAUUAGUGCGAGGGUGUCAGAGAAUUCCUGACACCGGAUGAGCUCAGUCACCUGAUAUUUUAAGUCUGACACUGGAUCAGUUUAAACAUGUGAUAUUUCUGACACUGGAUCAGCUCUGCACGUGACUAAAAAUCAUACCUAAAAAUUAAAAAAGAAAU